CAAUGUGGGAAAGUUGGACACCACAAGCGGCUUGAAAACCAACCGGAGAAAAAGCCUCCAAGGAACGGGGAAGAAAGUCGGCAUGACGAGCGAGAAGGCUCCGGCGCUGAGCGGGGAGGACGAGGAGGACGCGGCUCUGGAGUUCUUUGACGACGAGGACGACCUGGAGGCGUUUUCUGACGCAGAGCUGGGCUGUGAGGACGGAGUGUUGGGCUUCAGUGAUUCUCUGAAUGGAGAAGUCAAACCCCGCAUCCUGCUGAUGGGUCUGAGAAGAAGUGGGAAGUCCUCCAUCCAGAAAGUGGUCUUCCACAAAAUGUCGCCCAACGAGACCCUGUUCCUGGAGAGCACCAACAAGAUCUGCAGGGAGGACGUCUCCAGCAGCUCCUUUGUCAGCUUCCAGAUCUGGGACUUCCCUGGACAAAUCGACUUCUUCGACCCAACGUUUGACUAUGAAAUGAUCUUCAGAGGAACCGGAGCGCUGAUCUUUGUCAUUGAUGCGCAGGAUGACUAUGUGGAGGCUUUGAGCAGACUGCACCUGACGGUCACCAGAGCCUACAAAGUGAACCCUGACAUCAGCUUUGAGGUGUUCAUUCACAAAGUGGACGGUCUGUCAGACGACCACAAGAUUGAGAAGCAGAGGGACAUCCACAAACGGGCCAACGACGACCUGGCAGACGCAGGCCUGGAACGAAUACACCUGAGCUUCUAUUUGACCAGUAUAUACGACCACUCCAUAUUUGAGGCCUUCAGCAAAGUGGUCCAGAAGCUCAUCCCACAGCUGCCCACUCUGGAAAACCUACUCAACAUCUUCAUAUCUAAUUCAGGAAUUGAGAAGGCCUUCCUGUUCGACGUGGUCAGCAAGAUUUACAUCGCCACAGACAGCAGCCCAGUGGACAUGCAGACUUAUGAGCUGUGCUGUGAUAUGAUCGAUGUGGUCAUUGACAUCUCCUGCAUCUACGGUCUGGCUGACAGUGAAGCCGGUUUACCCUAUGACAAGGAGUCGAUGGCCAUUAUCCACCUGAACAACACCACAGUCAUGUACCUGAAGGAGGUGACAAAAUUCCUCGCCAUGGUCUGCUUCCUCCGCAAGGACAGCUUUGAGAGAAAAGGACUGAUUGACUACAACUUUCACUGCUUCAAGAAAGCCAUCCAAGAGGUUUUCGAUGUUCGACUGAAGGUUCAACAGAAUCGCAAACUCCUCAGCCAGAGGAGGUGGAGCAAACUGACAAUGACCAACGGUGUGAUCGGUAACCCCCACUGACCACAGAUAACACCUUGGUGGUCGGUGCGGAAGUACCCGAACUGCAGCAAACGCCUCCUGUGAUGAUUUCAAGAGUAUGUCCAGUGUUUCAGCUUCCAGAGUUUCUCACCGCAGUGCUUUAUACUACUGUGGAACACACGUAGCAUUGUGUUAAUUAGAAGGCUCUUCCAUCCAGAUCCACUGAACGCAGGCGACCACAGUGCACCUCCCCAAAAUGGUAAAAUGAUGAUGAAGUCACCUUCUACAGCCUAAUUACACUUAUUUCACGUCACACGUUGACAUCACAAUUCUGCAUAAAAAGUGCACUAACUCUGGACUGGGUGACAAAGUUAAGUGUUGAUGAAAUGGUUACUAUGAGCUGCAGGUCAAUGAGUGAACAGGUUCAGUGUGUUUGCCUCACUCUAAUAAUGGCGCCCACUGAAACUCCAAAAUGCUGCAAAGUCAGUGUUUUAUUUUGUUCUUUUUGGCCUUUUUUAGUUAAAACGAUAUUAGCUCUGGUCCACAGUUAGACAACAAGUACUGACCUUCUUGGAUGAUGAUUUCCCACAAGAUUUUACCCCCCAAAAAAAAGUCAAAAUGUAAACAAAUGUCUACAAAAUCAUGUCAGUGAAUUAAAGGAUACCUGUAGUGUAUUUUCAUUGCUAGCUAGUUCAAAAAAGUCACGUAAAACACUAGUAGUAUUAUGUUUGCGCAGUCCCAACAAAGGAACUAACAUUAUGUUAAAAAAGAGUGUUAAAUAAUAAUAAAUAAAAUAUAAACAAAAAAACAAACAAAAAUGAA